AUGUAUUAUCAAUACUAUGCUCCUGAGCCACCGGAGCCCCUGAAGUCGGGCGUCUUCACCUACGACAAAGACGGCAUCAAAGCGGGAGGUUUUACUCGAGCUUCUUUUGGGGAGUUGAGACUGCUCUUUCGCAAAAAUGCAUCUAGUGCUCGCGUCAGGUCUGCAACCAAGCCGUGGGUCACAGCUCAGUUACGUCUUUACGGGAUCCCUUUUCAUACACAGGCUAGUGCAGCUCAAUUAAAGGCUGCUCUAGAGACUGCUCUAGAGACUGCAGUGAAGAACCGGCAGUGCUUAAAUCCAACACCAGCAGUGAUGGCCAUCGAAAGGUCCCUGGCGGAACAGUACCGCAACCUUGAACGAGCUCGUGAGGAACGCAUCAGCCGUGAAAAAGCGGCUAUAUUUGCAGAGAUGGAGUCACCUUCUCUCGAGGCUCGCUUUGAUCCUCACUUGUUCAUAGCCAAGUAUUUCCUCGGACCGAACGGGGCGCCAGAUAAAGAGAAGCAAAGAGAGGCGUUGAUACUUGAAGAUGUUGAUGGACCGAAUUUUCCAAAGGCUGUGCAGGCAGUACCCGGUCUUGUCGCGCAUGUAACCAGGCGACUUACUGUGGUUGGAUGGGAAGAUACAUUAGCGCGCGGACUCGACGCUGCCUUUGCAACUUGUUCUGCACCUGGUAGUCAGUUGCACAUCCCCACAACUGAGGCUAAUUUCGACCUUGACCGUUUCAUGGCAAAAUAUUUCCUUCACGGCUUGAAUGGUAAGCCCGAUCCGAAGAAAACCACCAACCCAAUCGAGCUCUACUCAUUCUUCGAGCAUCUGCCACGCCUCAGAACUGUUGUAGAGUCCAUACCAGGGCUACACCUCAGACAGGCUAGAGGUGCAUUUGACAGCUUGCACACGAUUGUUGGCUGGGACAUCGCCAAAGUCAUGUCUAUCAAGAAAGGACAUGAGGAUGAUAGGGAACGAGAAAAGGCUGAAGAAGAGGCCAGAAAGCGCGCACAAAGGCGAAAACUCUGGCACGAAGCGUUACAGCCUCAUCGGGAUUAUAUGAAAAGCUAUCGCCCUUCUGCUGGUCCGCUGAAGCUGGACGAUCUCGUGGGCUCAUAUCAGUAA